GCGAGUCGGCGGCAUGGCUUCCGAAGCACCUCAGAAGAUUGCCAUUCUGUCCGUCUACGACAAGACUGGACUCCUCGACUUGGCCAAGGGACUGAUCAAGCAGAAUGUUCGCUUAUUGGCAUCUGGAGGAACUGCCAGGCUGAUUCGCGAGGGUGGAUUUCCUGUUGAAGAUGUCUCAGCGAUUACAAAAGCACCGGAGAUGCUCUCGGGACGCGUGAAGACUCUUCAUCCGGCAGUUCAUGCUGGCAUCCUCGCUCGCGAUCUGGCUUCAGACGAGAAGGACCUUGCGGAGCAGAACAUCAACAAGGUUGACUAUGUCAUCUGCAACCUCUACCCUUUCAAGGACACAGUGGCCAAAAUCAAUGUCACAGUCCCGGAAGCGGUGGAAGAAAUUGAUAUUGGCGGCGUCACUCUCAUCCGCGCAGCCGCAAAGAAUCACAGCCGUGUUACAAUCCUCAGCGACCCAGAGGACUACCACGACUUCCUUCAGGAGCUUGCCAAGGGCGAAAUUCCAGAGAAGCAACGGCAAUUGUAUGCGCUGAAAGCCUUCACGCACACCGCCGACUACGAUACUGCUAUCUCGGAAUUCUUCCGCAAGAAGUAUGCUGGAGACGGUACGCAGCAGCUAUCUUUGCGAUAUGGCACAAAUCCCCACCAGAAGCCGGCCUCUGCCUUCGUGACCAACAGCAACUUACCCUUCAAGGUAUUGGGAGGAUCGCCUGGAUACAUCAACCUUCUUGAUGUGCUCAACGCAUGGCCGCUCGUGAAGGAGCUCGAUGAAGCACUCGGCUACCCUGCUGCCGCAUCAUUCAAGCACGUUUCUCCUGCCGGUGCCGCUAUUGGUGUGCCUCUCAGCGAACAGGAAAAGAAGGUCUACAUGGUUGAAGACAUAGAUGGUCUCGAUCAGUCCGGACUUGCACAAGCCUACGCACGUGCUAGAGGAGCCGAUCGCAUGUCCAGCUUCGGUGACGUGAUUGCGCUCUCUCGCGAAGUUGAUCUCCCAACUGCAAAGAUCAUCGGAAAGGAGGUCAGCGAUGGCGUUGUGGCACCCGGCUAUACCGCAGAAGCUCUCGAGAUCCUCAAGAAGAAGAAGGGCGGAAAGUACCUCGUUCUGCAAAUGGACAAGGCGUAUACGCCACCUCCUCAGGAACAGCGCACAAUUUACGGCAUCACUCUGACGCAGAACCGGAACGAUGCUCUGAUCUCUCCUAGCAACACAUUCAACUCAAUCAUUGUACCCAAAGAGUCGAACCCGUUGCCUGAGCCUGCGCUGCGCGAUCUGACUGUGGCGACGAUUGCGCUCAAGUUCACACAAUCAAACUCUGUGUGUUACGCACUUAACGGCCAAGUUAUCGGUCUUGGAGCAGGCCAACAAUCCCGAAUUCAUUGCACACGUCUGGCUGGCGACAAGGCAGACAACUGGUGGAUGCGUUUCCACGAGCGAACGACUGGCAUCAAGUGGAAGAAGGGCACCAAGCGUGCAGAUAAAUCGAACGCCAUCGAUCUGCUUUGCUCCGGAAUCGUCCCAGAAAGUGGAAUUGAGCGAUCCGAAUGGGAGAAGAACUUUGAAGAGGUGCCAACACCAUUCACGGCUGAAGAACGACAAGCAUGGUUGAGCAAGCUUAGUGAGGUUGCUGUCUCGAGCGAUGCGUUCUUUCCGUUCACGGACAAUGUGUUCAGAGUCGCUCGAAGUGGCGUCAAGUAUAUUGCAGCGCCCACUGGCAGUCAGAACGACCAAGCCUGCUUUUCGACUGCAGAGCAAUUGGGCAUAACUUUUGUGGAGCAACCCAUUCGGCUAUUCCACCAUUAAGCAAUGGCUAGGAGCGACACGACUUUAUUGGAGCGUUGAAGCGAUUAUAGAUGAUCUGGAAAAGUUGGUAGAUAGUCCUGGCACAAAUUCAACAUUGACUCAUC